AUGAAUAAAGUAACAAGUGUUGGAAAACACAAUGUGGCUCGUAUCGAACACGUAACAAGAUUAAAUGUUAUUAAAACAAAGGUAAGACCAUCUGAUAAUAAUGAACAAUACCACACCACAACGAAUACAAAUACAACCGUUCCUGAUAGUCUUCGAUCGAUUUCACCAGAAUGUAUCUCUAUACAACAAUUGCCUUUAAGAAAUAGUGGAUAUAUUACUGACAAAUUAAAAAGUGACAAAUUAUCAUCUAAUUUGACAACACAGACAACAAAUCUUGGACAUCGUUUUAUCAAUUGGUUUAAUCUUUUGACAUUCAAACAAAAGAUACUCUUCGGAUUAAUUGUUGCAGCUAUUAUAAUCUCGAUUCUUGCAGUUGCUAUUAUUCCACCUAUCUAUGUAUUCGUCAUUCGUCGAACUCAUUCUGAAUCUUCAUUUACUAAUACAACUGUUUCGAGUUGUUCAUCUUCAACAUGUAUUGGCAAAGAAACUUCAUAUCGUUCAUCGAUAGUUACUGCUCUCUAUCCUUUUGAUGGAAACACGAAUGAUCAAAGUGGUUAUUAUACAGGAACGGCAUUUGGUACGUCUGCACCCUCUUAUACAGUAGGAGCUUAUAUAAGUCAGACAAUAGCUUUAAAUCCGAAUUUACAACAAUAUGUUCUAAUUCCAAAUAUAAAUUUGUCUAAACAAAGUUUUACGUUACAAGCAUGGCUCCGUCAAAUAUCUAUCAAUGCGUCAACUGAUUUUGGUAUAUUUAGUCAAUGUGAUUCAAAUUCGAUUUGUAUGUCAUUAAAUUUACGAAAUGCACGUUUUGUACUCUCUUUUGAUUCUAUGAAUUCUAAUAAUAUUACAUUGACUGGUUCAACUUUAGUUAGUUCGAAUGAAUGGGUUCAUGUAACAGUUGUUUAUGAUGCAACUCUAUUUCAACAACAAAUCUAUGUUGAUGGUCAAAUCGAUGCUUUAUCAAAUGGUAUUGUUAAUUCUUAUCAAGGAGUUUCAUUAAGUUCAACAAUAAUUGGAAGAAGUUCAUCGUUGGCUGAUGGAACUGGAUAUUUUCAAUGGUAA